UUCCCUAGUUUUUAUUCCAACUUCCGAUUGUCAAAGAUUAAAAAUUGAACUUUGGAAUUAAUUUAAAUUUCAAAGUAUUUUUUGUAUUUCUUUCUGUUUUAAAAUACAGUACUCCGUAAAACCGGUUGUUUGAUCGGUUAAGUUUUUUUAAAGAAUCUAUUUUGUAUAUUUAACUAUUUAUAAUGAUUCAAUUUGGAAUAAUCGCUAGGAACUUUUCAAGUUCUUCAGCUGUUCAAAGUGCAAUUAAAAAUGUUACCGUGAUAGGAGGUGGAUUGAUGGGAUCAGGAAUUGCCCAGGUAACAGCACAAGCUGGCCAAAAUGUUACCUUAGUGGACGUAAACUCGGAUGUAUUAGCCAAAUCGCAAAAGUCAAUUCAGAACAGCCUCGGCAAAGUUGCCAAGAAAAUAUACAAAGAUAAUCCUCAAGAAGCUGAAAAGUUUAUGACUGAGUCCUUUGCGAGAAUUAAGACUUCCACAGACCCUGUUAGUGCGGUACAGGGCACGGAUUUGGUGAUUGAAGCCAUUGUUGAAAAUAUUGAUGUUAAACACACACUUUUCCAGAAACUUGAUAGCGCUGCCCCAGACCACACUAUAUUUGCAUCAAACACCUCAUCACUAUCAAUCAAUGAAAUUGCGUCCAUUGUGAAGAGGAAGGAUAAAUUCGGUGGCCUCCAUUUCUUCAACCCCGUCCCAGUGAUGCGUCUUCUCGAAGUAGUCAGAGGCAGUGAGACCUCGGACACCACAUACAAUACCAUGAUGCAAUGGGGCAAGUCCGUGGGCAAGACAUGUGUAGCUUGCAAGGAUACACCUGGCUUCAUUGUGAAUAGACUGCUUGUGCCGUACAUGGCUGAGGCUUUAAGGUUGUUAGAGAGAGGCGACGCUUCCGCCCGUGACAUCGACGUGGCCAUGAAGUUAGGAGCCGGCUAUCCCAUGGGUCCCAUUGAAUUGGUUGACUAUGUGGGAUUAGAUACCACCAAAUUCAUCCUCGAUGGUUGGCAUAAAAAGUUCCCGGACCAAGCCCUGUUCAAACCUAUCGCUAUUAUGAACAAAUUGGUCGCUGAAGGCAAGCUUGGAGUCAAGACUGGGGAAGGCUUCUACAAAUAUGAGAAGAAAUAAAGAGUAUUUACAAUGAUUAUACAGUUUUUUGAAUGUUUAUAGAUAAGCAAAGAUAUUAUGUAUUUUUGAAAGUGUUGUUGUAUUAAAUAUUUAAUUUUAUUA